GGCGCCGGCAGCAUGGAGGACCAGCGCUCCCUCAGCAUCCACUCCUUCCAGACCCUGGGGCUCCACAACAGCAAGGCCAAGUCCAUCAUCACCAACAAAGUGGCGCCCGUGGUCAUCACGUACAACUGCAGGGAGGAGUUUCAGAUCCACGAUGACCUGCUGAAGGCCAACUACACAGUGGGACGCAUUUCUGAGGCCACGCUGGAACACUACCUUGUGCAGGGGAAAUAUUUCAUGGUCAGGGAUGUAUAUGGCAAAUUAGAUGUCUUGAACACUACUGGCAGCUGUGGCGCUCCCAAUUUCCGACAAGCCAGAGGAGGUUACGCCGUGUUUGGCAUGGGGCAACCCAGCCUCAAUGGCUUCAAGCUUGUGCUGCAGAAGUUGCAAAGAGAAGGCCACAAGGAGUGUGUCUUCUUCUGCGUCCGCGAGGAACCUGUGGUCUUCCUGAGGUUGGAGGGGGACUUCGUGUCCUACACCCCCCGGGGCAAGGAGAACCUGCAUGAGAACCUCCAGCGCCUGCAGCGGGGUGCCCGGGCAGAGAGCCUGGAGCUGGCCAUCCGCAAGGAGAUUCACGACUUUGCACAGCUGAGCGAGAACGUCUACUACGUCUACAAUGACAUCGAGCGCUUGCGGGACGAGCCCCACACUGUGCGGGUGCAGUGUGAGGAGGACAUCCAGGUGACAGAGGAGGUCUACCGCAGACCUGUCUUCCUCCUGCCCUCCUACAGGUACCAUCGACUGCCCCUGCCUUCUGAGGGAGCCCCUUUGGAGGAGCAGUUUGAUGCUUUCAUCUGCUUCCUGAGGGAGAGCCCCAGCCUGCUGCUGAGGGACCCUGGCAGACCCCCGCCGGCGCUGCUUUUCGGUUGCCAGACCGGUGUGGGCAGGACCAAUCUGGCCAUGGCCAUGGGCACGCUUGUCCUCCACCACCACCACCGAGGAGCCACCCAGAAGCCUGACCUCCCUCACCGGCCUAAAGCAUCUCCCAGGGACAGGCUUCGGGUCAUCCAGACCUUCAUCGAGAUGGUCCCCAAAGGCCAACAGAUAGUCGAGGAGGUGGAUGGUGCCAUUGCCUCCUGCUCGGAGAUGCACGACAUGAAGGAAGCCAUCUACGAGUACAAGAAGAAGCUGGAAGGGAUUGGGGAGGACUAUCAGAUCCAGGGGAGCAGCACCAAAGAGUAUUUCCUCCAGAGGACUUUGCAGAGCCUUGAACGCUAUUUCUACUUGAUUUCUUUCAACUACUACCUUCACGAGCAGUACCCCCUGGGCUUUGCCCUCAGCUUCAGCAGGUGGAUGUGCCGGCACCCCGAGCUCUACCGGCUGCAGGCCGACAUGAACUCCUCGGAGCUCACCGUCACCGGGGACCUUCUCACCAAGGGGACACGAGUGCUG